AUGUAUGGAAUUCGACCUUCUUUCUUGAUGCCGAAUGCUGAACGGAAUGAAUCCAAAGCAUCAUCAUCACGAAGGAAAAAUCUUCUGGUUCAUCCAUCAAGAGAUGAAACAAAUCAAGGCGAUCAUACGAAUCAAUGCGAAUUGAACGAUGAAAGAAUUCUUUCAUUGAUUGAAUUCAAAAUUGAAAUUUGUGCCUUGAAUCAGCAAUUACAAGAAAUUCAAGAACAACAAUCAAAGAUCAAUGAGUCCGUUGAUGAUGAUUCUGAAGUGCAUGUCAUUCAUGCCAGACUGGAAUAUUAUACUGGAAAAAUUGAAAAAUUAAAACAAGUGUUACUGGACUCGAUUCAAUCAAACAACAACAACAACAGUGGUUGUUAUGAAACAAAUUCCAAUGAUCAUCACCAAACAUCCACCCUAAUGGCCAUUCAAACAAACGUUGAAAACCUUCAACAACUAGUUGAAAAAAUUACAACAACAAAUGAUCGUUUUGUAUUGAGAUAUUGUUUGAAGAAAAAGAUGAUUCCUUUGAAGUGA